AGCAGUGAUAAGAUGAGAAAAAGGUUUAGCGACUCUGCUGCUUUGCCAUAGCUGAGUCUUAUUUCUUCAGCAACUCCUCUUAUUUAUUAUAACGUAAAGAGACCUCACAGAUUGUUUUGCCUGGCUAAGCUUGGCUGAAUGCCCUAUGAGUCAAGCCAGUGAAGGACAAGAGACCACUUUUUAUUUUAUCUGGGUAAACUGAUGUCUAAGAAUUAGUUGGAUUGGAUCUGAGUGGAAUAACAUCUUUAAUGUAUUAGGGAUCUGGGACUUUCUUGCUGCUCAUUCUGCCUCUUCCCCUUCUGGAGCUCAGAAAUGUACCUGCGUUAAGUGUGUGCUGCCUAGCAGAGAUAUGUGUCACAAAGAUGUCUACACGGAACUGCCAGGGAAUGGACUCAGUGAUCAAACCCCUGGACACAAUUCCUGAGGAUAAAAAAGUCAGGGUUCAGAGGACCCAGAGCACUUUUGACCCAUUUGAGAAACCAACUAAUCAAGUCAAGAGGGUGCAUUCAGAGAACAAUGCUUGCAUUAAUUUCAAGACCUCCUCCACAGGCAAAGAGUCCCCUAAAGUUAGGAGGCAUUCCAGCCCCAGCUCGCCAACAAGUCCCAAAUUUGGAAAAGCUGACUCAUAUGAAAAACUGGAAAAACUAGGGGAAGGAUCUUAUGCUACAGUAUACAAAGGGAAAAGCAAGGUAAAUGGGAAGUUGGUAGCCUUGAAAGUGAUCAGACUGCAAGAAGAAGAAGGCACACCUUUUACAGCUAUCAGGGAAGCUUCUUUAUUAAAAGGACUCAAACAUGCUAACAUAGUGCUGCUUCAUGACAUCAUCCAUACCAAGGAGACACUGACACUGGUGUUUGAAUAUGUGCACACUGAUUUAUGUCAGUACAUGGACAAGCACCCUGGAGGGCUGCAUCCAGAUAAUGUGAAGUUGUUUUUAUUUCAGUUGCUGCGAGGGCUGUCUUACAUCCACCAGCGUUAUAUUUUGCACAGAGACCUGAAACCACAGAACCUUCUGAUCAGUGACACGGGGGAGUUAAAGCUGGCAGAUUUCGGUCUUGCAAGAGCAAAAUCCGUCCCUAGCCACACAUACUCCAACGAAGUGGUUACCUUGUGGUAUAGACCUCCUGAUGUCCUCCUGGGCUCCACAGAAUAUUCCACCUGCCUUGACAUGUGGGGAGUUGGCUGCAUCUUUGUUGAAAUGAUUCAAGGAGUGGCUGCUUUUCCAGGAAUGAAAGAUAUUCAGGAUCAACUUGAACGAAUAUUUCUGGUUCUUGGAACGCCCAAUGAGGACACGUGGCCAGGAGUUCAUUCUUUACCACAUUUCAAGCCAGAACGCUUCACCUUGUACAGCUCUAAAAACCUUAGACAAGCAUGGAAUAAGCUCAGCUAUGUGAAUUAUGCAGAGGAUCUGGCUUCCAAGCUCCUACAGUGUUCCCCAAAGAACAGACUAUCGGCACAGGCUGCCUUGAGCCACGAGUAUUUUAGUGACUUGCCUCCACGGCUAUGGGAACUGACCGAUAUGUCUUCUAUUUUUACGGUCCCAAAUGUAAGAUUGCAACCGGAAGCUGGAGAGAGCAUGCGGGCCUUUGGGAAGAACAAUAGUUAUGGCAAAAGUCUAUCAAAUAGCAAGCACUGAUGAGCACAGUGUCAUCAAGACUGCACAGGAUUAAGUUGUCAUCAUCCUGGGAAGAAAAAAACACACACACACACAUUAAUGACGUGGCCAAUAAUACAAAGGGAAUCAUGGAUCAGUCUCCUUCCACUCCCUGUGGCGGAUUUCACUUACAAGAAAAUUGAAGCUGGCAAGACCCUGUUUUCUCUGCAAUUUAUUUAAAACCUUGCACGCAUUUGGGUACCUUGUGAUUUCCAAGAACUAUGUGAAGAUUAAGCUUUGCUUACUGAUACAUGGCAUGUAUUCUUUUCAGUCUUUUGUGUUUGAUUUUAUUUGAUUUCCCUCUGCAGCGCAGCGUCUCUGUAAAGAUUUUUAUGCUUUCACCAGCCAUGUCUUAAAUACAUUAAGACAACACAUUUGGUGUUCACACUUCUUCAGUAAUGUCUGUGCUUGAAAGCCACAUAGUGGCAUGAAACAAUGUGCAUUUUCUUUGAGAGCAGCACACAUUUUACAACCACGAAGAAGGAAAUUCUUGGUGAAAGCAAACUCAUGUUCUGACUGACUUGACAGUUUGGUCCUUGACUAAGGAACCCCACUUGUGGCUUCUCUUUUGAGGAUAGUGCACAUGUGGGUGGUUUCUUUUCUUGGAAAUAGAGCACAUUUACGUACAAUAUCAGAAUCUGCUUAGUGUCUUCAAGCCACAGAGCAUGACUGUUCUUCAAGUAGUUUGGAAGUAAAGAAACAAAUCUCAAGCAUUAAGAACAAUGGAGAUGAAUUGGCUACUUUUUUUUUAUUUCCAGAGAUUGAGGUAACUUUUUUUACAGGUUUACUUGAUCUUAUUGACAUCUUAUUUUUGCCAUUUAUUUCUGUUCCACAUUGUUUUCUAAAUGGAGAAAAGACUAGGGAACUGGAUAUUUUGAAACUUGGCUGCAAAUUUAAUUGUAUCUACUGGAUGAGCCCUGAAAGUCAUCUUUAUUGGUUAAUAUUUUAAAAGGCAAAUUUCAGACUUGUCCAAAGUUUAAACAUUCACUCAUUCACAAGAAAGUGCCAUAGGAAAAAUAAAAUUGUUUUUUAAACACUCCAUGCCAGUUGGACAUCUUGGUGUAUUUUAACUCUUAUAAAGUCAGAGAAUUACUGUUCAAAUGCAGAUUUUAGAGGUAAUGCAGAAGUUCUUGCUGUAGACACAGGAAAGGGAAAAUUAAAGGCCAAGCUUCCCUUGUAGGAGUUGAGGAUGCUCAGAGGAUUGAAUGCAAGUGUAUGACAGGAAGGAAACAUAUACUGUGCAUGUGCACAGCAAUUUUCUAUGGUCCAGAGGGAGUACUGUCUGCUAUCUCCCAAUGGGCAGAAUCCCAAGUAAUACCAAGGCAAAGGGAGUCAUUAGGAAAUUGCUCUAAAGUAUAAAGCCUUGCUCCUCAGCAUACAGAUUUCUUUAGAAAUUCCUUCAUGCACAUUGGCUUACAUUUCCUAUUGGAAAGGAGAGACGAACAGUGCAAAAUAUCAUGCUUUUUUCAGAUCAAGUGCAGGAAUCAUAUACCACUUUUGACAAAGGCUCUCCAAGAGUCAGGUGUGGGACAAGAUUUUCUUUAGUCAAACCCACUGUUUAUGUUGGAAAUUGGACCCAGAAUUUCCAAACAUGAAAAUGGUACCUUUUUUGACAUAAAGAUAUGUCAAGGUCAUAAUCCAUCCCAUUCAAAAGUAGCAUUCAUAGUACAUUUUUAAGUGUUAAGCCAGAAAUUGAUUUGAUUUCAGUUACUCAUUGAUUUUUAAAAAGAAAAAAGUCACCCAGAGUUAGAAUGUUUACUUUCUGCUACCUAGAAAUCUUUCCUAUUUUUUUUUUUUACAUUCCAACCCAUUGGAAGUUACUGGAGGUGUUUUUUGUUUCACUUAUGCUUAAAUGAGAACUUCUUAAAGAUGGAGAGGAAGCUAUAUGCAAUUAAAAGUGACCAUUCCUGCGAUUUCUUCUGAUUUCCUUAUUUUGGAGAAAAGACAUAACUUUUGUAUUUUACAAUGUUUAAACGAAAAGCAAUUGAUGGCUGAAUCUUGCUUUUUGACACUAUUUCUAAAAGCUUGAAAAUUUGAAAAUACUUAUUGUUAAAGUACAUACAUUAGGAAUGUUAAAGUCAUUCAGAGAUAUAGGCCCUUGUCAUUGGCUCUUGGGAAAUGAAAUCUAAUUUCACUCAGCAAAGUAAAAAUUGACUUUAUUAUUAGAGAGACAGACAUGUCAGAGCAUCAUGUCUAGAUGGUUCUCUGCUCCUCCCGCACCACUUCCAACCAUAAAGGAAAUCCAAAGUUUGGUUUUACUCUCUCUCCUAUUCUCUCCCAUCUGCUCUGGCAUUCUUCCUCUUCUUUUCUGCCCUCCUCAUAGCGAGGGCAGCCAUGAAAAUCAUUCAACUCUUCAUUCACAGAUGUAUUAUUCUAUUGAGAAAACAUUGGAGUGUUGCGUGAGAUUAUUUUUAUAUGAAGGAGUAGCUUGAAAUCCAAUAGCUGGAAUAGUAUGAACACAUUAGCAUGGUGAUUAUAUCAGUGCACCAUCACUGCACACAUAGUAUUUGGAAGGGAAAUUUAAGACUUCAUUUCGAUUUUCUUCAAGGAACAAUUUGCUCAACUUAAAUAUAUGAAAUACAUAGGACAUGAAAAAAUGUUUGCAGAGCUCAAAAUUGUUUAAAAACACAAAGAGGAAGAAGCAGGCAGGCAUGGCUGUCUAUCCAUUGAUACACGUGUGAGAAGCUAUUUCUACCUCCCAAGAGUGAUGAGAAACAUUUUCAAGGGAACCUCCAAGAUUGUGGAGAAUGCAAGACUUCGUGGUGUCCUUUCUUCAGUGUGUAUAAGACAGCCAGCAUAAUCCUGUCUUAGGUUAUGCAUCUAUAUAAGAUACUCAUCUGUGAAUAUUGCUGGUUUUGUAAUCUUUGUUAUAUAAGAGGACGUUUAGGCUGUAUAUACUGGGGUAGAUUAUUGCCUGCCCCCUAUAUAGAAGAAUAUGCUGCAUAAUUGCGCCUAACUUCCAUCUCCCUUGCUGGCUUGUAGGCAGAGGAAAGCAUAUAUGUUGCUGCCUUGCAAUUUUCUCAUACAUCAGAAAACAGAACAAAACAAAAAUCUCAAAUAAGCAAUCUCUAUUCUCCUAACUCUUUCCACAGCAGCAUAUUUUAGAGGCACAUACAAAAUCGACAUUCUCUAGUGGGGAGUGGAUUUUUUUUAAUGCUUCUUUUAUUCUUUUUUUGUAUGAUACAGUAUGAUACAAGAAGAUGUGUACUUUCUAACAGGGAAGGUUGGUACCUAUAAAACAUAAUAGCAUUUUUCAGAAAACUAUUAUACUUCCAAAUGAUGCAUAGUAAGAAGAAUGGAAUAAUUCAUGUUGCAUAUUUGUUAUCAAUUGUAAUUUGUCUGUAUUAUGAAAGAUGUAAUGGUUUGUCAACUGUCACUGUUGUUUUCUUGUAACAUGAUACGGAAUAAAGUAUAACAGAAUCUCUGUA